AUGGACAUUAAUAUAGAUGACAUCCUUGCGGAGUUGGACAAAGAAACUACCGCUGUAGACUCCACCAAUAUCACGCAGGGCUCUUCUUCCACUGCCCACGGAGAUGCACUUACAAUAGUAAACUCGUCACUAGACUCAAGUGUCAAGACUCAUACAUACGUUUCGCCCCAGCGGGAUUUUGCCAACUUAAUGAAGUGCUGGAGGAACGAACGGUGUUCGCCGGAGCUUUUGGCGUAUCCGCAUCAGCUAAUGAAAAGACUGUUGAACCGAAUAUCCGCGCAAUCACAAUUGAUUGAGAACAUAUCAAUGGGGUUCCUCGAUAUGCAAAACGCAUCCAGUGCGAACCGUUCCAUGCCCAACGACUCCAAACUCCCUCUGCUUUGCAUGGAAACCGAACUAGAGAGACUGAAGUUUGUUAUUAGAAGCUACGUACGAUGUAGGCUCGGCAAGAUCGACAAAUUCUCGCUCUACUUACGACAACUAAAUGAAGACGAAAACUCGCUGACCUCCCUUACCGAUUUAUUGUCCGGUGACGAAAUCAAAUACCACGACUCGCAUUCUCUUAUCUGGUUGAAACUCAUCAAUGAUUCCAUACUGAAGUACAUGCCUGAAGAGCUGCAAGCAAUUAACGACACUGAAGGGAGCGUAAGCAUGAUAGACGAGCCAGACUGGAACAAGUUCGUCUUCAUACACGUGAAUGGGCCGCCAGAAGGCCACUGGAACGAAGACCCCCUUCUGCAGGAAAACGAGUUUGGCAAGCCGUGCUACACUGUGACAAUCCCGGACUUGAACGAAGAGGUCGAACUAACCAUUGGCAGUAUUUAUGUCAUGAGAUAUGAGGUGAUCAGGGAUUUGUUAAGAGACGAUAAGAUCGCUCUUAUUUGA